CCACAGAUGGAGAUAUAGGACUACCAGGCAGCUCCCGUUCGGCGCUGUUGGUUUAUCUCAUUAUUUUUGAUGGCCCUUGUCAGUCCGUCCGGUUUCUGUGUGAAAGGAAACAAGUAAACUGUUGUUGCCGUUGCCGCUCCAUGAUGGCGCUGGUGGGAUCCCUCCAUAAAGAGCUAGCCGAGACAAUCUCCGUCUGUCGGGUCUUGGUGGUAGGAGCCGGAGGAAUCGGUUGUGAGCUUCUCAAAAAUCUCGUCCUUACCGGAUUCUCCAACAUCGAAGUGAUUGAUCUUGACAUCAUUGAUGUCAGUAACCUUAAUCGUCAGUUUCUGUUCCAGAAGAAACAUGUUGGGAAGUCAAAAGCACAGGUUGCUAAGGAAAGUGUUUUACAGUUUUGUCCCAAAGCCAACAUUACAGCCUACCAUGAUAGCGUUAUGAACCCAGAUUACAACGUGGAGUUUUUCAGGAACUUCAUGCUCGUCAUGAAUGCUUUGGAUAACCGAGCUGCCCGUAACCAUGUGAACAGGAUGUGUCUGGCUGCUGACAUCCCCCUGAUAGAGAGCGGGACGGCUGGCUACCUGGGGCAAGUCGCUGUCAUCAAGAAGGGAGUAACAGAGUGUUACGAGUGCCAACCAAAACCAACACAGAAAACUUUCCCAGGCUGUACCAUCCGCAACACCCCGUCGGAGCCCAUCCACUGCAUUGUGUGGGCCAAGUAUCUGUACAACCAACUCUUUGGAGAGGAGGAUGCUGAUCAGGAAGUCUCCCCUGACACAGCAGACCCUGAAGCUGCCUGGGAGCCAGCAGAGACGGCAGCCAGAGCAGGAGCUUCUAAUGAAGAUGGGGACAUCAAGCGAGUCUCCACAAAAACCUGGGCUAAAUCCACUGGCUAUGACCCAGUCAAGCUGUUCAACAAGCUUUUUAACGAUGACAUCAAGUACUUGCUAACUAUGGACAAGCUUUGGAAGAAAAGGAAAGCUCCUGUCCCCUUGGACUGGAAUGAAGUUCAAAAACUAGAGGAGAGCAGUGAUCUCCAGGUGGAGUCCUCCACAGCAGGGCUGAAGGACCAGCAGGUGCUGGAUAUUAAGAGCUGCUCCCAGCUGUUUGCCAGGAGUGUGGAGACUCUGAGAGCCCAGCUGUGUGAGAAGGGAGACGGAGCAGAGCUUGUGUGGGACAAGGAUGACCCUCCUGCGAUGGACUUUGUGACGUCAGCAUCCAACCUGCGCAUGCACAUCUUCAGCAUGAACAUGAAGAGUCGCUUUGAUGUGAAGUCCAUGGCAGGGAAUAUUAUACCAGCAAUUGCUACCACUAAUGCAGUAAUCGCAGGAUUGAUUGUACUGGAGGGUCUGAAGAUUUUAUCAGGGAAUAUUGAACAGUGUAAAACAAUCUUUUUGAACAAGCAGCCAAACCCAAGGAAGAAGCUCUUGGUGCCGUGUGCGCUGGACCCUCCCAAUGCCAACUGUUACGUAUGUGCCAGCCGACCGGAGGUGACGGUCAAGCUGAAUGUGCACCAAACACUAGUGCUGAGCUUGCAGGACAAGAUUUUGAAAGAGAAAUUUGGCAUGGUGGCUCCAGACGUUCAGAUCGAGGAUGGUAAAGGGACUAUUCUGAUUUCUUCAGAAGAAGGAGAAACAGAAGGAAACAAUUCCAAGUGUCUUUCUGAAUUUGGAAUCCGACAUGGAAGUCGGCUGCAGGCUGACGAUUUCUUGCAAGAUUAUACUCUCUUGGUAAACGUCCUUCACUGCGAGGACCUGGGGAAGGAUGUUGAGUUUGAGGUGGUUGGGGACACCCCUGAUAAGCCCAUAGAGAAGACUACAGAGGAGCCUGCUAAGAGCAUCACCAAUGGCAGCGAUGAUGGUGCACAGCCAUCCACUUCGAAAGCUCAAGAUCAGGAUGACGUGUUGAUUGUGGACUCUGAUGAAGAACCGUCCUCCAGCAGCACCGACGUCAACAUGAAGGGCCCCAACCCCAAGAGGAAGCUGGAGGAGGGGGAUGAGAGCGUCCCAACCAAAAGGAUGCGCACAGACCCGCCGGCUGCGCAGGAAGAAGAUGAUGACAUCAUCGCGCUGGACUAAACUGCCUCGCGAAUUGCGUUAUGUCUAUAAUUGGGCCGUGUGUACAAAUGUCAGAAGAAAGCUGUUAAUGUUAACAAACACCCCUUCACUUUUCUAACAGCCUUGCUACUGUUGUGUACCGUAAAUGUGCAAAUUGGUACAUGUGCGUAUGUAUUUGCUGAUAUGCAGGACUGGUAGUGGAAGAGGUUAGAGACUAUUAGAAACUCAAGUAGAAGGCUUUGUGUGGUCUUUCUUUUUUUAUCACAUUUAUUUGAACAACCUGCCAUCCAGUAGUAUAGUUAAUGUCAAAACAUCUUUGCCCCCAUGUCGAGCAUUUGUAGUCAGACAUAUGUGAGCUUCUGUGAAUUUCAGCUUGAUACUAGAACACCGGCACAUUGGCCAAAAUAUGAAACCAAAGCAGUAACUCGCAUAUUCACAGAAAAUAUCAUUUGGAAUGUCUGUUUGUAUAAUUAUACAACAUGUACAUAUAGUUGGCAGUUAUAUUUUAACAAACAUGUUGCCCUUUCCCUCCGUUUACAUUUAUUAAAUGUUUUUUAUCACAGAAAAAUGCCCCAGUUUAUUAAUAACCUAUAGCAGGUGGUUUAAAAAAUAUCAGAAAAUGUGCACUCAUGUUUUGAAAAUAAAUUGGCAGCAGUGCAAGGCAGCAACCAAGUAAUGGACGUGUUACAAAAGCCAAAGGGUGUUUAGCCAUGUUUAUAUUUUUGUCAAAGAAAAGCUAUUUGCAGGUCUUUAAGUCAUGGGGUGAGUGAAUGGAACGGUUUACUCUUCAAAAUGUGUGCUUUUACAGCUGGCAAGUAUUUGGUGCACAAUUCUGUUUUUAGAAGAAAUAUGAAGUCUGUUGUUAAUUGGAAAAUCACCUUUGAAUGACUAUGUACCACCAUAUUCCUUUGAAUUUGACGCCCUCGAUUUGAAGACCUUCAAUUUGAUGAAAAAAUAAAACCUCAAAUAAAUAUACAUUUACAAAGUCAAUUACCCAUAUGGAGGCAGUUUGCAGCCGUCUGCCGUCACACAGAGCAUUACAUUUAUGUGCUGCUUCUCAUUUCCAGUCGUGAUUAACCACACCUGUUUUUCUCCUUUUCUCGGCAGUCAGUCACAUUGGUGUUUGUGUACUCUGGUAGUCAUGUCUUUUGUUGGCUAUUUUAAUACACGUGUUACUAUACUGUACUCAAAUUUAAGACGCAGAAUAUUUGAGAAGAAAUUUGAAGGAAUAUGGUAUAUUGAGAGGAAAGUUUCUUUGUGCCAAUGUAACUCGAGUACUUCAUUGAAAAAGCCCUGUCCUAAAGAACUGAUAACCAUGGCUGUUAAAAAAUAAAUAAAUAAAACACACACAUAUUUGGCCUUCUUGGCACUAAAACCAUGAGCACAGGGCUUCCUUUUCUUGUUUUGUAAUUCAGGAUAUGCAGGUAAUUCAAAGGCAACUUUUUAUAAAUAAAUCUGCUGUGGCUUACUGUUACCUAAUCACUUCCUGUGAUGUAGGUAAAUUCCACUCCAGUGGGCAGACUGACCCAUGUCACAGGAAGUGAUUAGGUACCAGGAAGCAGCUAUUUUAACUGCUGGAUUUAAAAAUAAAUACAUAAAAAAAGCAAAUAACCCAAAUAUUUUCAUCACAAUAAAAAGGAUGGUAAAGUUUGGGAUUUUACAGCCUUGGUUAUUUCGUAUUUUAAUUAAAAAUAUGAAAUAAUUUGAGUAAAAAAUAUAUUUACUUUAGUGAUGUGAAGGGCUGACAGCUGUACUUGUGCACCAUGGCUGAACAUUUUUAUACCUUCUAUUCAGUGUAAAGAGGGAAUUUCGUUUAAAAUCUGUGGUUGAAACACGUGCUCUGUCAUUUUGAAUCAGUCAACAGCACCGUAUACAUUUCUGUAAAUUUUUUUUUUUUUUUUUUUUUUUUAAAGCAAGUGUAUUUUUCAGUAUACAGGUAUACGACUGGGUUAUAAUGAUGCAGGCCGUGGUUGUUUUUUUGUGUGUGUGUUGUUACAGUGCAUUAUUUAUAUUUGACAUUUUUGUAAAACACAAGACUAUACUGUACCUCUUAUGGACCAAAUAAAGAAUGACUAAAAAUUG